GUUUGUUACAGGUGAGUGGUCGGAUCAGCAGUCGUAGGACCGUCCGUUGAGCACGUAGGCGCUAAGGCAGUCGUCGGCGUUUCUCGUCCAUGCCAAGUGCGCGUGCAACGCACACGCAUACGUCUGGCUGUUGGUGCGAAGCUGUUUUGAGGCGGUGGUGAAGACAGCAAAGCGAGGAGGACAAGCAAAUCUGUCGUUGGAAGAACGGAGGUGAUUGCAAGAUGCGCGAAUACAAGAUCGUGGUGUUGGGCAGCGGUGGCGUUGGCAAAUCCGCGCUCACCGUGCAAUUCGUCCAGGGCAUCUUCGUGGAGAAGUACGACCCGACCAUCGAGGACAGUUAUCGCAAGCAAGUCGAGGUCGACGGCCAGCAGUGCAUGCUCGAAAUACUCGACACCGCCGGCACGGAACAAUUCACGGCCAUGAGGGAUCUGUACAUGAAGAACGGCCAAGGCUUCGUGCUGGUAUACUCGAUAACGGCUCAGUCAACGUUCAACGACCUGCACGACCUGAGGGAGCAGAUACUACGGGUAAAGGAUACGGACGACGUGCCGAUGGUCCUAGUCGGCAACAAAUGCGACCUCGAGGACGAGAGGGUCGUGGGCAAGGAGCAGGGCAACAAUCUCGCCCGCCAGUACAACUGCGCCUUCAUGGAGACAUCUGCCAAAGCUAAAAUUAACGUUAACGAUAUUUUCUACGAUCUGGUGCGACAAAUCAACAAAAAGUCACCCGAGAAGAAGACAAAGCAGAAAAAGAAAUCGCUGUGCCUAGUGCUGUAAAGUAGCGGUCAGGCCUGUGCCCUGUGUUCUCGCGUUAUUAAACAAGAAACAAACAAAUUAACAAAGCAGAAGAAGCAAAGCGACAGCACCAUCAGCAAAGUUUAAUAAAAAGCAACAACAAAAUCUACAAAAGUCACGUCAUUCGAACAAAGCCGAGGAUAUACCAGUGCAUCGGUUGAGGGUUCACGGAUAAUCAGACGAACUUCAAACGAACAGAUAUUCUAUAACACACUCAUUCUAUUUCAGAGUCACAAUCGCAAACAGCAGAGAAAAACGCGACAAAAAUGAAUAAAACACUAUGUAGAGUUAACGAAAGAGCUAUGUAUUAAACACGGUAGGGCUUUAUACAUAAACAAAUGAAAACAAAGGGGAGGGCUAAUGAUCGCACGAUAAAUGCUACCGCAGUAGAUAGGAUUGUGAGAACGAGGUUAUGAGUUGUUUGCCAGGAGCCAAGAACAGAAAAUAUACCAAGAACCAAGAAAGAGGAGGAACGGAUUAUACGUGUUUGGGAAAUUUUAUGAAUAACUUGUAUAUAUAUACAUUUUUCGGUUCCGUGUUUGGCGCGCGCAACACGCCCCACAAAACGUGAUGCAGUCACGAAGAAUGAAAAAUGUCGACAGACUGUGAGAGAUAGACAAAGAGAGCGAAUUAUAUCUUUAAUCAAAAAAAAAAGAGAUAUAACGGCAUUUUUAUUCACACAUGCAGCCACACACGCGAACUUUUCAUCUUUACUUUCACAAUUAAACCUUCCUUACCCCUUUUUUUAAUUUACAUUUUUUAAUCAUCCAUUAUUAGCGGACAAGAGAUAUUAAUUAAUUGAUCGAUUAAUUAGCAUUGCAAACUAUACGAGAGGCUGAGAAUUUCUUUCGAAGAACGGUACGUGCUGCAGUGUUAUAAUUAGCGCCAGCAACGGUGUGAUUCGAAACAAAAUAAAACAAAGACGUAAGAACUAAAUGACAAUGAUAAUAAACAAAUUGCGAGAAAGUGUACGCGAGAGCGAGAGACACUUACUUUGUGUGAAUGCUGCGACGAGAGAGAUGUACGAGGGUUAAAUGACUGUGGAAAAUAUCAGCGGUGUAAUAACAACCAAACAAAAAUAACGCAUGAAAAACGCAAAAUAAGAUAUUCAGAAGUGCGCCCUUAACCGCAAUUGAUGCGCGCAUCUCUCUUAUAUAAUAUGAUAAUUAUACAUAGACGAUACAUACCAUGAGAAUAAAAAAUGAUUAUUAUCGAAGCAUCAAAAUAUUCGUAAGUUAUCGACAGUUUGUUUCUCGAUCAAUAUAUGUUUUUUUUCUAUAUCUCUCCUUAUUAAAAAAAAAGAAAAGAUAGAAAAUAAUAAAAAAAUUCAGUAAGUGUUAAAAGAACGAUUUAUUCAAAUUAUAUCGCACUCGGUGUCCUUCCCUAAACACCCGUCCCUUCAACUCUCCGAAAUAAAAACACUAUCCACCCCCUCGAAGAAGGCUUUCGUCUAGCGAACCUUGAGUCAUAUACUUGUUUAAGUGCCUUUUUUUUAAUGGAAAAAAUGAUGAAAAAAAUAACGGAGAAUGAUUUUUGCAUAAGAUUUUUUUAAUACUUUCGUAGUUAUGUAAUUGAUAGAGUUUUAAUAGAAUUCGUUUUUAAUUAUAUUCAUAAGAAUAUAGAAUUUGAUUAAUUUACGUUUUUUAAAAGAAAAAAUAACCGAGUUGGUUUAUGAACACACGAUUAAGGACAAGAGCAAAAUACUACGAGUUUUGCCAUUGAGUUUUGUGUUGGCAAGUUUUGUCGCUUUAGUUUGCUUUGUAUAAUGCAACAAAUUUUAAAAGUAACUGUGGAGAAUCAAUAAUAGUCUUCAAUUAAUAUUCUGUAUGAAGCGUGAAGGUGUGGCAAUGAAGAAUUAACAUUGUGGAUACUAAUAAAAAUAUUUUGGAAAAAUGUUUAAUCUGCUGUGUAGAUGAAUUUUGAUGUUUUGCGUAAAAAUCCUGUAAUGAAUUUAAAGAAAAUCUUAAAAAUUGUACUUCAUAACAUUUCGAUUUUCAUAUAAUCAGUGUGAUGGAACAAGUGGAAAAAAAUAAUUCGUGAAUUCCUAAAUACGACUCUGAGUAAAGUUAAUCGCAUUCCGAGUAUAGAUUUGUUAGGAGCAAUGUUUGUAUAUUCUUGUAAGAUUUUCUUGUUUCUCAUCUCUACGCGGUUAACUAACUUUAAGCGCUACGUUAUUAUUAUAAUUAUAUGCAUUAAAUUAAGGCCUUUAUACUAAUGAAGAAGAAAGCUUCGUGAAAUUGACAUCGAUGUAAUCGAUUCGUCUUUACAAAAAUACAUUUUCUUUUCAUUUAUUCGUUUUAUUCACAGAACAUUCAUUUACCUAACAAAUUUCACAACAGAGUCACAAACAAUAACAAAACAAACAUGUUUAUCAAUUAAAAAUCAUUUCCGUUGCAUAAGGAAUAUAAGGGAAAAAGCUUAAUUAUUUAUAUAUCUUUUUACACACAUUUUCUUGUUCCUUAUCUAAUGUUACUCUAAAUAACCAACUUACAAGAGAAAAGUAUCCGAUUCGAUGUUGAUUCAUAACAAAAUUUUUUCGUGUUAAACUAGCAAUCAUUCUUCAAACAUGUAGACAAAUUUUUUUUUGGUCUAACUGAUUGUACGGUGUAUGUUGAGGAUUGAAAAAAAGAAAAGAAAAAGCAUAAUGACGGUCGAGAAAUUUUAAACCAAGUUCACGGCCUUGCUAAAACACUUAUAUAUGCGAAUCUUCAUUUUCGCCGAAGUAAGUUAGUUACUUAAUUUAUAUAGCGCAAAGAAACAACAAUUCGAAUUGUGAACGACGAAGACACGGCAAUACUCCUGGUUUUUUAAGAUUCUCAUGCAAGUUCCAAACUAUAUAUACAUUUACCCUGCUUUUUACGAUGAAUCCAUUACGUUUCCAAUUGUGAACUGAAUAUUAAGAAUGCAAAAAAUUGAAUUAAUCUGCUAAACGGUUUGUUAGUAACGUAUGUAAAAAGGUGUUGCAAUAAUUUAAAACUAGUACAGUGACUUGUAAAAACAAUAAAUCAAUUUUUCGUAAAUACGUUUUUGACAAUUUAUGUUUUUACAGUUUCCUAAGCGUCAUUCCUUAUUCACCACCUCAUUAGAAUGUUUCAAAUGAUUUAUGAAAGAUAAACGUACGUUGAUAUGAAAAAAUAGGAUUUUUCAUCACAUUCACAAAUGUAGUUGGAUUAAUUAUUUAGUAAGUUUCAUUGAGUAACUAAUACAAGACUUUUUACAUUGAUUAUCAUUUCCCCAAAUAGUGAAAUAAUAAAAUAUUAUGUACGUGCUCAUACAUCCUAACGUUGUAUAUUUAAAAGAUGUCUGAAACAAAUUUCUGCACCAAAGAAAUGUAAGCAUUACCUCUGAAUGUCGAAUAAAAUUAUUAAAUUUUUUGUUCGCUAAAUAUUUAAAUUAUUUGAAUCAGAAAUAUAAUAUAUCUAGGCGCAGAAAUUUCACUGCUACUCCUGCUGCAUUCAUUGAAACUUUGAUGCCUGUUUUGCAAUAAAAGCUAUGUGCCGCUAAUCAUUUCUAUCUUAAUUUCAAAUAAGCUUUCUAUCAGAAAUCUGUCUCUUUGCAUUUUCAGGUCUUGCAGCAUUGCAAUUUCGAUUUAUAACUUUAUUAUCUUAAUUUCAACUCCUUUCAAACGAGUUAAUAAAGUGUUUUCUCGUAAAUUUUUUCUUCAAGUCAUGCUAGUAGAACAUUUUCAUAUUACAAAUUUUCGAUAUUUUUAAAAUAACCUUUCUUCAUUUUAAAAUGCUCGAAUCUGUAUAGAUUGCAAUAAUCAUUUUCUAAAUAGUAAUAUUACAACUAUUAAAAUUUAUAUAAACGACAUGUUCCAAGUAUUUUAUUAUCAUGUUCAAUAUAUUUUUUUUAAUUAACUAAGUUGGUCAUUCUUUUUUCGAUUAUUUGAGUGAUUCUUGAAAAAAUUAUUGACACGAGGAAAGAAAACAUUGAGUUGGUGAUCGAAGAAGCUAUCUAUAAAAUAUUUAAACUUUGAGCUUUCGUAUAACAAUUAUCGAGAAAGUUUGAUGGAAUCAAAUUGAAGUUUUUAAUGAAUGAAAAUUGUAUAUUGUGCUACUUCAUGAAUAUAAGCAUUCGUUUUUAAUACUCCGUAAUUGAGGGUAGUAGGCAAAAUUACACUAUAGUUUUUAUUUUAUUGUACAAUCGACUCUCUCUUCGUAAGGUUUGUGCCAUCGCGUCGUAUAAGUGCGUCGUAUGAACAUUCUCACCUCGCGAGCCAACGAUUCAAAAACGACUUUGUUUUCUUAGGACGUUUCCAAAAAGUACACAUCAAGUCCUGCAAACUCCAAUUCCACAAUCACAUCUUUGUACGCAUAAUACGAAACGAAUCACUGCAUGGAUUCGUAUAUACACAAUUAUUGUCUCCGUGGGAGUCUCCAUGAGCGAUUCUUGGAUAUUGCAAAAUCAAUGGAGCAUCGAAUUCUUUUUUCUAUGACGCACUAAUA